AUGUCGGCAGUGACCAUUUUCAGCGAUGCCUCCUCUUUGGGAGUCACGGAAGUUACCAGAGAACUUCUGCUGAUGAGUGGAUGUGCAAUUUUAGUGGAUCGCCCCUUUCAGCCUUCGUCCUCUCAGUGGCGCUUGCUUUGGGGUCUUCCUCCGAAGAUGCACAGGGACGACAAGGAUGCGCUUAGAAGUGAUUCUUUGCAGAGCUGGUUUGACUAUUUGCAAAGCCAAAGCCACUGGCUUUUCGUCAUCCGGAGAAGUGGUGCUGUUGCACUCUUGCAACAGAUGUGUUUUGGUCCGUGGGUCCGCUACAAGCAUCGAAAAGCUGCAAGUUAUGGCCCACUCAUUCGGACUGGUGGCCAUUCCUGCAAGUGA